AUGAAGUUCUCAAGCAUCUCCACCAUCAGUGGACUUUUCGCUCUCACUUCUGCCCAACUUACUACAGAUACUGUCUCAGUCGCGUCUUCCUUCACCCUUCCAACUACAAUCACUCAAAUAAACACUAUUACGGAAGGAGGAUCUGAUAGCUACCAGACGUCUUCAGGCCCAGCUUUUUCCGCCACAACUACAGCAGAUAGCUCCAUUACAUCAGACUAUAUGACUGCAGCAAGUGGAACUACCACCUCUGACAGUUACUCGUAUGAUGGUGGAAGCGAAUCCACAGAGGCAACUACCGCCACCUCUGACGAUUAUAAUGGUGAAAGCUACUCCACAGACGCUACCACCACCACUCCACCCUCCAGCACCUCAACAAGUAGCCCCUAUAGCUAUAGCCCAAGCCGCACAGUCCACAACAUAACCGUCGGAGCCCAAGGACUCAAACUCUUCUCCCCCAACCAACUCAACGCCAGCCUCGGCGAUAUCGUGCGCUUCAAUUUCCUAGCGCGAAACGCCACCGUCACGCAAUCCAAUCUUGACACUCCCUGCAUCCCCAACGGCGGUGCCGAUACGGGCUUCAACCAAUUCAAUCCCGAGAAUCAAACUGAUGUCUUUGUCCGGGAAUUCUUGGUUAAUACUACUGAACCUAUUUGGCUUUACUGCGCGCAAACGCUGCCGAAAUCGCACUGUCAGAAUGGUAUGGUGUUGGGUAUUAAUCCGGCGGGGAAAUUUGAUGCGUACUUGGAAAAGGCGAUUGAGAGUGGGGGGACUAGGUUGAUGUCUGUGCAGGAUGGGGGGAAGGGUAAGGGUAUGGGGGAUGGUGAGGCUAGUACUUUCUUGUCGAGUGGGAUGGCGGAGGCUGAGGUGAGUACGAUGACGUCUAGCGAGGCGGGGUAUACGGCGACGGCGACGUCGAUGGCGGCGUAUGGUUAUACUGAUGUUGUUAAGGGGAGGAAGUUUCGGGCGUAG